ACUUUGCGCACAAGGGAGAUUUCAUAACCGUCCCCAGCCAGUCCCAAUUCUAUUAUUCCCCGGAGACAGCAGCCUAAAGUAGUCCAGGAAUAGGCAAUGGGAUACUUAAAGGGUUGAAAUUGGCAUCUAAGACGAUAAUUUAAUGACAAAGGCUUUGUUGGCCAAUCUGAUCGGAACAAAGUUAAUUAAGAGUGAUGUAAUUCAAACUUUAGGUCAAGCUUUAAAUCUCCAUCACAUCAUCCAAAUGCUUUACAAAUGUGAGUGUUAUCAGCUGAUGCACUGCCUUCAUGAGAUAUAUUUCUUGCUGUAUUCAUUACAAAACACGAGGACGGGAUUACGAUUAGGAGGAAGCGAUCAAAGCCAAAACAGACUUUUUUUUUUCCUCCAGUAGCAUCCUGCCAGCAACGCCCUGCAUCCCAGACCGGCGUGCGCACCACGAAGACGCACCAACCAACCGGUAUUAAGAGGAUCACGGCGGCUGCUACGCCGAGCUGCUGCUAUUACUGCUGAAGCAUCUGCAGCACUGCUCGACUGUUUUCGUUUCGUUCCAGAUGUGUCCAGACACUGAGGAUUGUCAUCGCUGCUGCUGCUGCUGCUGCUGAGGGUGUGUGUGUGUGCGUGUGUGUGAGUAUCCGAGAUGUGCGAGUUCGGGAUGGAUGGAUGUAACGAAGGGAGCAAUCGUACCGAGGAGAAAAAGAAACCAUGACAGGCAUCCUGAUCCCCUGACGAUUCUCUGGGAUGCAGUCAUAGUUUGAGGCCGGACAUGAUUUUAAUCUGUGGAGUUGCUCUAGUAGAUGCGGGACGAUGUGCACCGCACCCCAAGACAUAUUGAUACAGAGAGCGCAGCACGGUCCUUGAAUGCAUCUCAGCGGAUUUUUCCUGGACUGUGGCGCACAGUGAGCAUCUUGUAUCUUGUUGUUGUUGUUUUUUUUUUCCCUGAGCUGACAGAGGGACUGGUUGUGGGACCUUCUGAUGUGGAGGGAGUGUGUUGUUUUACCCGAAGGCAUCAUUUGAGCACUGUUGCUCCCAGCGGAAACCAGGGCUGGAACUGCUCACCUGGUCAUCUCAACACAAAAAUAAGUAUGUUCAUUUGGGCGCGUGCGUGUGUGCGUGUACAUGUGCAAUGCAACACACUGUAGGACUGAGUGUAUGUGCUCAUGACAGGCUCAUUUAUGACUCAUCCACAAGUCACUUCUGCACACUCACCUGCCAUUUCCAGCCUGAGAUCUGUCUCAUGUUUUCAUCUUCAUCAGUUUGGUGUUAACAGGUACUUUGAAAAGAGCAGGGAUCCUCCUCAUCCUCACUUCCAGUCACUGAGCAGAGCAUAAUCACCUAUCAGAUACUUCAAAUAACCAUAUUUCACCCUGUGGCUGACUUAAACUACAUCUGUGUCUGUGUGUGUGUGUGUGUGCUCACGUGUCCUGGCUUUUGGGCCGCACGACAGAACAUGGAGGCCUUCAUCUGACUAAGAGGCCAUUAAAGCCUGUCAGUGUUUUUUUUUUUUUUUUCCCCUUUUUUUUUCUACAGAGCUUAUAUGCAGGCUGGUAAUGGAAAUUCACUAAUGGUAGGGUGGUCAAUAGAAGUCACGGUCAAUUUUCUUCACUGCUCCUUUUCACAUAACAAUGUUUUACUGCCUACAGAGCACAGUAGGUCAUGGACACAUGGACAGUAAUCACAGAGUACCACAGGUGUGCAUGUGGAUGCUGAUAGACUGAGGGUUGAUGUGAAGCUGAGGUUUUUCAUGUGUAUAAAUAUGUGUCCCUCUGUGUUGUUUAUCACUUUUUUUCUCUCCAAACAUUUCAAAGCUGUGAGAAAGAGGUAGAAGUGAUUAUUUAGGAGAAAUUUCAAACCUUUUUACAUUUCAUAAACAGAAAAGUGAUUGUAAAUUACCUGAUUUCUAAAUGUAAUCAGGUCAUUUCACCUGAAUAGAUUGUAAAAUGAAGAUAUAAUCUAGGUUUUGUAUUUUAGGUCUGAUGUUUAGCUAUACAGAAUUACCACCAACAGUAUCAGAUGUGCCCUUUCCCCCACAUUUCACACACAAUAAUAGGCGUAUUAUCUACAGCUUGACCAUAAACUGAAGUGGGCCACUUGAUAAUGUUUCAGAAAAUCAUUUAAAAUUAUGCACAUAAUCCCCUUAAUUAAUCUCAUCAAGUACUGGAGUAUUGUUUUGUGAGUCACUGUUGACUUUAGCCUUGUGCAUUAAACUGUAACACCACUCUGAAGCUUUACUGACAUCUUCUGCAUGCUGUUAUUAUUAAGGGGAUAUAAUGUGUGCUCUGAUUUUUGCAAAGCUAAUGGAUCAGCAAGCUUUAACAAACACUUUUGUUUUGGAGGAAAUGUAUGUGGAUCAGCAGUAUGAGCCGGCUGCAGGGAUGAAACCAGAUCCCACUCCUCUCACUCAAAAUCUCAUUCCUCUUAAGCAGCCACUCCAUGAGAUAAACGGUAAUCAGAUCAUGUGCAGCACCUUGUUUUAAGAUGUCCGCAGGCAUCCUAAAAUCAUUGCUGCAGCUGCACCUUUGUAUCCCCAUAGGCUAAUCAAAUAUGGAGGUUUUUCAGUCUGUUAGACAACAAUAAAACACAGAUUUUGGUUUCUUAACACAUGAAAAAUACAGGUUCUAGGCAGUGUUGCAUCUUCUUAAUUCAGAGUGAGAAAAGUGGAGUGAGUGGUUUUUCAAUAAGCAUGUUAUGUCUUCUUUGUCAGCCUUUCAGCAUGGCUGAGAGGACCCUGGAACCGGGCUCGGUCAGCAUCCCCAUGGAGGAGACCAAACUCCCAGGUGGAGCUCCCCAGGAGGCCCCGCUGCUCACCCACCUGAAGAAAGUGGAGAACCACAUUACCGAGGCCCAGCGCUUCUCCCACCUCCCACGUCGCUCUGCUGUGGACCUGGAGUUCAAUGAGCUCUCGUACACCAUCCGUGAGGGUCCCUGGUGGAGGAGGAGAGGUACUGCAUGCUCAGCUCAGAAUACUGUAGUAACCAUGAUGGAUGAGAAAGCGAGCACCACCCAUACUGAUCAAUAUCCGGAGUGCAGAAUAUUACCACAGAGGCAUUUUGUGACAUUUGAGAGAAAUAUUGUUUCCUCUGUCUCUUCUGGCUUGUUGUGUUGUUCUGACACAUGUAGCCCAGCCCCAUCCUUACACACACACACACACACACACACACACACACACACACACACACACACACACACACACACACACAUACAUAUGCAGACUCCCUCCAUGUUGUAGCAGGCCGAGUGUCUGUAAGGCAUGCUGCGCUCAGCAGAGUUUAGACGUAGUAAAUAAUUUACACUCUCAGGUUGGCACACUGCUUUCAUCUCUUUUCCCUGUUGUUGUUUGAUGGCAGGCGGUGACAAGGAGUCAGGAUUGAUCUACAGAUGAAAUACAAACAAAAUUUUAACUCAUCAACCCUCAUAAUUACAAGUCUCCAACAUUUGGUCAUCCCUGUUCAAGAGCGUUUGAAUUGUUUAUUCAUGCAGCAGGGUGGGAAUACUUAGACGAACACUUAACGACAUUCCCCACAUAGGCUACAGAGAUCAUACAUGAUGCAUUAAAGGUUGUGUUGUGUUUUUUCAGUCUGGUGUAAUAUUGAUGUGCAUCAUAAAAGCCUGGCGGAGAAGUGCAUGGAUGUAUGCAAGAGCAUUUAUGAAGAAAAAAAGACAAGCAGCAAAAGAGCCGUUAGACCAACGUUCGUUAGUGUCUUGCUAAUUUUGCAUGUUUCCCCUCGUCAAAUCAACCUGUGGCUUGUGCUUUUGUUUGUGUUGUCUCUUCAGGGCACCUCAGCCCAUCAGACCGAGGACGUGUGAACAGGAAGUGUCUCAGGUUUUACUAAUUAAGUAGUGUCUCUCACAAAAAUGCUGAAUCCUGUUACGUUUUCUUUUGAAGGCAGAUGAAUCUGCUGUGGUGUACAGCUUAUACAUCCUGCUUUACUGCCUCUACCACUCACAUAAAAAUAAUAAGCCACACCUACUGUAGCUUUGAAGUCAGUGAGUCGUUGUGUACUUCUGUAUGUGUAUACCCAUGUUGUAGUUAAUUUGAAGGGGUUCAACAAGGGGUUUGUCUGUAUUUGUGUCAUUUAACAAGCUAAGCUUAGAGCUCUUUCUCUGCAGUGCCUGUCCGCUUGAUCAAAGCUGUAAAAAAAACGAGGAAAAAAAACAGGUGUAAUCACAAUGAGCUCAAGGCUGUUGUUGUGCUGUAUCCUUUGUAGUCAGAGAUCAUUUUCUUUUAGAAAAAAACACAUCCUCAUGCUGAAUUAUUUGCAAUUAGACAGGUUAGAAAAAAUAUGGGUGCUAAAAUCAGAUGAUGUUCAGCAAGAGCCGUGAGCUAAAGCCAUGAUGUCAUUUGUAAUUUAAGGGCUUUGGUUUCUGUCAUACUACACAUGACUCAUUUUCUUAUCAUCAUGUAGUAGAGGAUGUGGUAAGUGCAGUAAAAAAGCACAACAUCUUUCAGUAUGAUAGGGUUUGGGCUGUUAAGCUGAUGUAUGAUCUGCCCUCUGUCUACAUGUGUUGUUGUUGUAUGUUGUGUAGUAGGUGAGGGCAGCCAUUAACCCCUGUUAAGAUACUGUGACCUGCUGCUAAUGUGGAGGGUUUUCUCCUCCUGCUGAAGUAUUUGCCAGGUGAAACUUGAGACUAGCCAAUGAAAGGGAAACACAAGAAGGGAGGGGGGAGGUAGAGUAGGAAAAUGUUGACAUGCCUCAGGGUGAUUUAACUCUGCAUUUUGUUGUUUACUGCGAGCAGCAUCUCUGCAGCUGUAUUGAUGAUCUGGCUUUGUAAGAGAGAAGAGUCAUGUGGUCAUAUUACAGAUACAAUCUCAUCUUUUACUGCACACGCAGGGUUUAUCUCACUGGUAGAAUAUUGCACUCUUUACUACACGCCUGUAUUUUAGGUACAUAGAGGAACUUGAAUUUUACCUCUUACUUAUUUUCUUGCUCUUGUAUCCCCGAUACUUCUUCUCCAAUACUUUUACUUUGAAAAAGCCUAAACCAGCUUAAACCAUAAACUGGUUAAUUGACAAAUGACAGUCAUAAUCCUGUCAUGGCCAUAUAUAUUUAAAACAAAUGUGUGACUUUGAUCUGUUUUUCUUUUUAAUUUUUCAUAAACCUAACAAUAAACACAUCAAUUGAGAAAAUAAUUAGCAAUUUCAUCCAUGACCAAUGCAAUCAGUAGUUGGAGUCCCAUACAAAAUAUUAAACAACAGCUCCACCUUAAACAAACCUUGAACUGCAUCAGAAUCAGAAUUACUUUGUUGAUCCCAAACUGGGAAAUUAAGCUGUUACAGCAGCAUUUUUCGAGUGAGCCAGAACAAUAUAAGAAUAUAAGAAAAGACAUAUCAAGAAACUAGCUAAAUAAAAAGAUAUAGCAGUAUAUACAUCACGCAUUUUCUUUAAACUUUCUUUACAUUGAAUGAGCAAUACUAUGAGUAAUAAUAAUCAAAUACAUCAAUAUUUAAUUUAAUAGCUGGUGGUCUUUUAACUGCAUUGAGUUCCCCCCCUUCAUAUUCACGAUUAUUCUCAAACAUCUCAACUUUGAUGAAACCUGGUAGUAUAGGCUUCUUCUAUGAAAUUAAAUGUUGUGAUCACAUCGAAGCCCAAAAUGCAUCAUGUAUGACAUAAAUGUAUGUCUAUGUAGGGAAAUAACCCGAGCUGCUUUACCACUGUGUUUAGUUUCAUUAAGAUGCACUUUUAUAUCAGAUGUUAAAAGAAAUAAUGUGCCAGAAGCUCGUCAAGAUAGCAUCAGCUUAUCAGAAACAGAAUACUUCAUUUAUCUCGGGAGAAAGUCGGUUAUUACACUUGUUCUUGAAAAUACAAGUAUUAACAGAAGAAGUAUAGAAAUAGGAAUGAAAUAACAAUAAAUAAGAAAUUAAAACAGUUGGUACAAAAGUAAGAAAGUAAUCAAGAGCAACUGUAACAAGCUGAUUGCACGACUGGUACAUACACACUUUAUGUGGAGUGUGUAUGUGCACCCUUUAAUAUUGAGGACAAAAAAAGUUUAAAGUAGGUUAAUGUGAAUUUACUCAGAAUGCUAAAACGAGGAAAUAAACCAAAAAGUGGGCAAUUAACACAAAGACGAGUCUUUAUAGCUCAACUUGGACGUGAACUGAACAAACAUCAAAAUGUGUGAAGGGAUUUCAGGAAGUCUUACGCUACUGCAUAUAUAUGGGGAUAUAGAUGCCAUCAAUUAUAUAAGAGGUUUCAGUUAGGGGUGAAAACUACAAGUCUGGAGAGUUAUAAUAUCUGCGUGUGUGGAGGUGGGAUAGAGGGAGCUUACCUGACUUUUGUAGGGCUCCUCAUCCCUCUUUGGGGCAGAUACUCUGGGCUAUGUCAGCUGCUGUUAGUAUAAAUUGUAGGCAAACAGUCCAGUGUAGAGUUGCAUCAAGGGUAAAUUAGGGAAACCAUCUUUUGACAGGAGAGAAAUUUGUGAAGAAAUAAAAAAGUAAAGUUAAAGUAAAACAAACAAAUAAUGAUACAAUGUGAGUUUCUGUUCUGAAGUAUUAAUAUUUUUUUAGAACAGUGCAAUCACUGGGCCUACUUACCUUAGUGCUUAUUGUCAACCUAUUAAACAGUAGACUACAACUGUUUCUGAAGGAUAAAGUUCUAUUUCAUAAAACUAUAAUUGAUCGAUUGGGAAUGGGAUGGGAAUCAAUGUGAGUAAAAUAGCACAGAAACAAAAACUGAAAAUGCAUUUUAAAAAGAGUGAGAAUGUAAAAAUAGUAGCAUGCUACUCAAAGACGUGAGGUUAAUUCUGUCAGUCUGUCAUGAGUACUGUUGAAGGUUGCCCUGAAAGCUGUUUGUCCAACAAUUACUUUAUUUUUGAUGUGAACACACAGCCUGAAUUACUGCACAUAAACUUCCCCACGUAAUUAAGUCUAUUUGUCUGUGAGGCGUCAUGAGUGGAAACUGAUGUGAUGUGCUUUGGCUCCCAUGAGUCUGUGUAAUCAGGAUGCGCCUGCAGCCUCACACAGACAGGACCACUGUUGUGGGUAACCUACAGCAGAGGGUUAGAUCAUCAGUAUGCACCACAUGCCAGAGCAGAGCUGCUUCCCUGACAGCAGGCUGCUCUGCUGUCUGAGAGGAGGCUUUCUGAUGUAAUAACGGUGCGAGGGAGGAGGAGGCCCUGCCAUUAGGCUCAUAGAGUGAUGGUUUGAGGGGGCUAGAGGCUCUGGUGAGACCCUAAUUACACAGCUCAAGACAUCCCUGCAGACAGCUGAGAAAUGUGUGAGACAAGGGUGACAACAAGGCAGGAUUCUUAGAGCUCUUAUUAAGUCCUCAUAUCUGGAAGCUUUCAGUCCAUGCCAGUUUGAAAAUGGGUUGUUUUACUGCCACCAUUUUGCCUCAGACAUAGCAAAGGUGAAGGCAUCAAGAAAUAACACAAGCCGUCCUUAUUAGCUGGCCACACCGCUGUGACCGCUUUUAAAAUCACUGCAGGGAUGUGAUGGCUGUGGCUUUUCUGCUGGCGCCACUGAUGUUAAAUCUUUCUCUAUGCUGCAUGCUUCUUCUCUUGUUUUUUCCACUUUGCUUCACCUGAUACCCAGCCCUCCUGAAGUCUGUGAAGUCUUCUGCUUUUCUUGUUUUUUAUUCUUGACUGUCAUCAUCACUUUAAAGUCUUUCCUUUCCCCAGGCACCGAAAACAGCAUCCACUUUUAUUCUGUCUGUCUUACUUCCUCUCUCCAUCAGUCCAAAUCAUUUAUUUAUAACAGGUGACUGUGGUCAGCGUAACCUGCAAAUACAGAUACUGUUUCUAUUUAUGCCACAGCAUUUUCGCCUGACUGUUGACUUGUUUUCAGAUUUAGUAGCCUGUGACUCCCUGUGCAGGAGCGUGAUAUCUGCAUAACCAUCCAAAACACUCCAGGGAUCAGUGAGCUGAGAUUAAGGGUUCAAUCAGUUCCAGCUGAAGAAACAGGCUAUUAGACUGACACACAUCCUCUGUUCAUGGUUCACUUUCUCACUGCCUCCGCCUGAGAUUGUAAAGAUGUUAUUAAAGUGGGCAUAACUGAUUAAAGAGAUGAACCAUCACUAAAAUGAUCUCUGAGAAAAGCCAAAGAGAACAUCUUAUACUUAUUUUUGCUUAUCUGGCUACGAAAUCUGUUUUUUCUCCGGGCUAUUUGUUGUUCCCUUAAAAAUCUUUUGAGGAAAAUGGGUGUGUACAUAAAUAAUGAAAUUUCAGACUAGGUCCUGUUCUAUAAAUAGUGUUUGCUCUCCUCACCAGGUUACAAAGCCCUCCUGAAGUGUCUGUCAGGAAGGUUCAACAGCAGAGAGCUGAUUGGUAUCAUGGGGCCUUCAGGAGCUGGGAAAUCCACUCUGAUGAAUAUUCUGGCAGGGUACAGGUGAGAUGUGAAUUUGCAUGCGAUCUAUUCAGAUUGCUAAGUUGCUGAUACUCUCUCAAAUCACUUUAAUAAACGGUACUUUGUAUUUGAUCAGGCUGUGUAAUAGCUGUGAUGUUUUGUUGAUGGGGAAAACAGGGAGACAGGAAUGAAGGGUCAGAUCCUGGUGAACGGUCGACCAAGAGACCUGAGGACUUUCAGGAAAAUGUCCUGCUACAUCAUGCAGGAUGACAUGCUGCUGCCACACCUCACAACGAGGGAGGCCAUGAUGGUGAGGUCAUCUUAAGUGAAUAAUAAAUAAAUAAAUAAGCCAACUCCCUUGAAAUCAAACCCGUCAAUAACAAUGCUGUUUGUCUUUUAGGUCUCAGCCAAUCUGAAACUAAACGAGAGUAUGCAGGUCAAAAAGGAACUUGUAAGUUUUUACAUGUACAUUAACAUGAAUGCAACACAAAUUUGUCACCUUUCAAUGAUUCACAGCUUUUUUAACCCUCCUCCUGUGUUAGGGUCUGCACCAACGCGUUUUUGUUUUUAAAUGCUUAAAAGAAACACUUAAAUCAGCUUUUUUGCAUCAAGACUUUUUGACUUUGUUGGGAACCUCUAUUUUAACAAAAUAAAAAUAAUAACAAAUCAAUUGAAUAAAUUAUAAAAUGAUCUUAUUAGAAUUGGCACUUGCCGGCACUUGUCGUGUUAGAGUCGCUGUUGACCCAGUUAGAUCAAUAUCUAAGUGCACUGUCAGGCACCACACUGGCAGUCAGAUCCUCUUCCAAUCAUGUGAGAUUCAGGAAAUUCUCAUUUUUCCAUGUUUUUCCCUGCACAAAAAACGUCGGGCAUGUCCAGACAUGUGAGAUCAGUUCAGUAUAGAUGUCUGUAUGAGGGAUAUCCUGAUAAAGAACACAACAAAAAUGUUAUAAGCAAUAUUUUCAUGGAUAAUGGAGCCUAACAAGGUAACCUAGAGAUGAGAACCAAAUUGGAUGAUAGAGAAAUGUUUUUAGUGUAAUUUACAGCUGAUUUAAGACACGGGUCAAAACCAGCCCUCAACAUGGUGGGUGCGUAGUAAAAGCUAACACAGGAGGAAGGUUAAUACACUAGAGUAUUUGGAAAUCAACCAUAAUAGUCUUCACUUUACAGGCAGGAAGCCAUGGUCAUCACUAGCAAGUGUUACAUGUUACAGCUAGCUUAAGUUACAGUUUCACAUCAGAAAUUGUAACUUAACAUGACAGCAUUUUAUAGCAUAAGAUUAAAAGAUAUUAACAAAAUAGUAUUAAAAAUAGUUUUGUUACUAUGCUUCAUUUGACAAAAAAAAAUGUAAUAUGAAUUUUCCAAGUAUUUGCACAACUCUUUAUCUAGGAGGAAAGCUGAAACUAACCAAACCACACAAAACACCUCAGCUAUUGAUCAUCUGUCUGCCUUUGUGUAUUUUCUUGAUACAAAUGGUCCUGAUCUAUGUAUGUGGGCAUCAUGAUCUGUAUAUGACAUGUUGGUCUCUGCUUAUGUUUAAGGUGGAUGAGAUCCUGACUGCUCUGGGUCUUCUCGAGUGUGCUCAGACACGCACCAACUGUCUCUCUGGAGGUCAGUGUAAAAGACUGGCCAUUGCCCAAGAGCUGGUCAACAAUCCUCCUGUCAUGUUCUUUGAUGAGCCAACAAGGUGAGAUAUAUCAUUUGCCUUCUUCAAAUCUCUGCAUCUCAAGAGAAGUCCAGGUUAAUCAGAGUAUCUCUCUCUCUUUUCCCGUGUCCCAUCUCAGCGGUCUGGACAGCGCAUCUUGCUUCCAGGUCGUCUCCCUCAUGAAGUCUCUGGCUCAGGGCGGACGGACAAUCAUCUGCACCAUCCAUCAGCCCAGUGCCAAGCUCUUCGAGAUGUUUGAUAAGGUAACUCAAGAGCAUAUAGCGCUGGACAAGUUGAAGCUUUCCAUUAGCCACUGCUCAGACCAGACUACAAGUUAGCAUGAUUUACUCUAUCCGGUGGUUGAGCAGCAUAGCUCUCAAUAUAAAGGCCUGAUGUUUUGUCAGAUGUUCAUUUAUUAUUCAGAGAGUCGGUGUGUUGGAAACUAUGUUGAUUACUUUGUCCCGUGUUUCUCCACCAGCUGUACAUCCUCAGUCAGGGUCAGUGCAUAUACAAGGGCACUGUCCCUUACCUCAUCCCGUAUCUGAAGAACCUGGGCCUCCACUGCCCCACAUAUCACAAUCCAGCUGAUUUCAGUAGGUCAAAAACUCUCAGUAUAAGCAAAUUUUGUGUGUGUCCGUGUAAGUGUUCUUACCAGCUUGUCCUCUUUUACUGCAGUCAUUGAGGUGGCGUCAGGGGAGUACGGGGAUCUGAAUCCAGUGCUGUUUGAGGCGGUCCAGGGUGGUCUGUGCUCUGAAGAGGGCAAGAAGAACUCCAGGGACAAAAGUGACUCCUCCUGUCCCUCACAGUGUUACAGUGUGAGUGAUACCGCAGAAACAGACAAAAUCCCGCCUUAAUACCCAAACCCUGCAUCAUAGCAUUAUAUCUAUAAAGGAAAUGCAAACCUCCGACUUCAACACACUGAAAAGGUUUUCAAGUGUUUGUAAAAAUGUUCAAUAAUGAGAAAUUACCUCUGAUUUCACCAUUUUAAUGAAGUUGGUUCAUUUUAAACAUGCAAUGCCAAAGUGCUGUAUAAGGGAUGGACGCAUUCUUAACUGAAUUGAAUAAAGAAGUCUCUGUUUCAUCCAUUUUGACCAAGUAGUGCUCCGAUAACUCAAUUUAAGAGUUUCAAAUAAGCUUUCACAGACAAUAAACGUAAACCACCCAGCAAAUUGUGUUACAUUAAAACAAAAUACCCCAAGACCUGUCAGUGUUACUACUCGUUUUCCUCCAAAAGCUUCCUUCAGUGCUCCACUCCAUCGAUCCGUCUCCUCAGCUCCCUCUCACUUUUUCUUCCUCGUCUUCAUAAGUCGUUUUUUUGAUAAGAGCAUCAGCUAAAUGCUAACACUGUAAAUCUAAACCACCAAAAGCUCUCUCUAGCUUUUCUCUUGCCAUGUGCAGGUUUGCCCUUCGAGUCCCAUAAACAUUUUAUCAGUUUAUUGAUUUCUUCUGCUACCUUUUCUCUCCCCUUCCUUAUUCCUUUGUCGGCAUCAGACACUAACCUUUACUGUGUGUUUUCUUUUCCUCUGCACUCUGCCGCCAUAUCUUUGUCUUCUGGCAUUUGCCACUAAUGUUUAUUUGCUUGGAUUACAUGUUCUGAAAUGUUAUUAGAUAUAUGUUGACAUUUUGUCUUGACUUUUAGCUUGUAAUGAAAAACUGCCAUUGUUGUCACUAAAAGUUUGGUGCAGACUCAGUGAGUAUUACGUUUGUUAGGAACAACCUGUUUGUCUGUGCUGGCAUUUAAUGUUGUUGUUACCAGGGAACAGACUCCUCAGGGUGAGAGAGAGACAUCUGAUAACAUUUUAAACCUCCACCAUGCCUUCCUUCAAAAAUAGAGAACUUGUAUUCUGCCUGUUAAGACCAUAUAAAGAUAACGAUGAAUGAAAGGCUACGAUUUGUCUCAGUUGCCAAAAAACAUCUCAUGUCUUAGUCGGUGAUACAUCACUAACUCUUUACUCUCUGUUGCUCUACAGGACACAGGGACCCUUGAGAAACACAGCUUUGCCACUAGUACAUUCACACAGUUCUGCAUCCUCUUCAAGAGAACCUUCAUCACAAUAUGCAGAGACAUGGUGAGAUAAUUAUUUUGUCCACUAGUCCUGUUAAAACUCAGAUUUUCAUAGGUAAAAUCUGAUCCCAAACAAUAUUAAUUGGACUUGAUGUAUCAUUUGAGGGAUUCUGGAUAGUGUUAAUGUUAGUAUUUGUGUGUUUACAGGUGCUGACCCACCUCAGGGUGAUGUCUCAUCUAUGUAUUGGAGUUCUGAUCGGCUUGCUGUAUCUCAAAAUUGGAAAUGAUGCCAGCAAGGUCUUCAACAACACCGGCUUUCUGUUUUUCUCCAUGUUGUUCCUCAUGUUUGCAGCCCUGAUGCCCACUGUCCUAACCUGUGAGUGUAACAAGAGACUGGAAACAAUGAUUUGCCGUGUUGAAGUGGAAAGUGUUUAAACGCUGCUGUUGUUCCACAGUUCCUCUGGAGAUGUCUGUAUUUAUAAGAGAACACCUCAACUACUGGUACAGCCUGAAGGCCUACUACUUGGCAAAAACCAUGGCUGAUGUGCCGUUUCAGGUAAUGUUGGAAUGAUUUUGCACAUGAUAGAAUGGACGUGCAUGCUGUAGGUUUCACCUUGACAUCUCUUUUCGCAGGUGAUGUGUCCGAUCAUGUAUUGUAGCAUAGUGUACUGGAUGACUGAGCAGCCUCCAGAAGCGGGCCGUUACCUCCUCUUUAUGGCGCUGUCAACAUCCACAGCCCUUGUAGCCCAGUCUCUGGGUCUGCUUAUAGGGGCAGCAUCCACAUCUCUGCAGGUAGGCACUCCUGCAUACCUUUAUGUUGCUAGAAAAGAUCUGAUUGAAAACACAUUUCUGGUUGAUCAUAAACUUAGUUGGGAGCCACAUAUGAAUUAUUUUUAAAGUAAAAUGUCAAAAAUGAAGGAUGUCUUAAUCUAAAUUCCUUAUAAACUCUUUAUCAAUCUCUUAUGGGUUCAGUUAUGACAUAUUUUGUGGAAGUUUGGGGUAACACAAAAACAUAAAUAUUAUAUUUUUUAAGUUACAGAACAAGAAAAUCAUUAUGAACAAACCAACACAGGAUUUAUCAGUUUAAACAAGCUCAAGUUUUAUGGUUUUAAUAAACUCAAAGCUAUGGGUGACCAUAUUCUGACACGACCAUGGAGUUGCACAAAGUUAAUUUUGAGAGUUUUUCAAAUGAAUUGAGUGUCUUUUACGUGCUUCUAACUCAGUAAGUCCACGUGACACAAACUCAAAAACUUCUGUACAAAACCGCAGACAUUUUAAGGAUUUUAUAAACUUCCCCGGACAAAGCCGGACAAGCCUGGACAACCCCCCCAAAAAAGGACAUGUCGUGAUAAAAGAGGACAUAUGGUCUCCCUACUUAAAGCUGCACAGUUAAUGUCCAAGGCACAAAAAAUUUCUUCCAGACUGUAUUCAGAGGUGAUUUAAAACCAGUUGUUAUCAGUCGUUAAUGUUACUUUAACAUGAUUAGGUUACUUUUCCGGUAGCAAGCAGUGCGAGUGAUUAAAAUGUUAAAUUCUAAGAUUAUAUUUACACAUGCAAGUGACACACUGUUGAUUCAAUAUUGGUUUGGAUUGUUGGAGUCAGAUGUAGGAUUGGUAUCAGGACACACUUUCCUAGCAAAUGGAGCGAAAGAUGCGGGUCUUUGUCAAAAGAGGAUUCACGUAACUCCCUGCCAGUUCACAGCUGUCUUUUUAAACAUUUGAAGUCCAUUGCUUGCUUCUCUGUACAUGUAGUUAACACCUUUUCCUUGUUUAAUCUUUUUGGUUUGAAGCUCCAUCAGCUGCCACUAAAAUAUCACAGCCAUAACCCACAUAUAAGUGUAUGUUGUCAAGUUAAACUAUGACUAGCGUAGGCAUCAAAAAGGCUGUGUGAGGUAAACAGGGAAUAUCCUCUGGUUCAGCUGCAUUAGUUUUCAAACUACAUCUUGAACUGUUCAUUAUUUAAAACUUCUUGCUUGUUCACAGGUUGCAACCUUUGUGGGUCCAGUAACAGCCAUACCUGUGCUCCUCUUCUCUGGCUUCUUUGUAAAUUUUGACACCAUUCCUAAAUACCUACAGUGGAGCUCCUAUGUUUCCUAUGUCAGGUAGAGUUUUGUUUAUUGAUGAUGACCAAGGAUGCUCUAACUUGGUAUUGAUUAUCUUUUUAAAGGCUUGAUUUAAUGAAGUUUUUAUCAAAAAUGCCUGCUUUCAGGUACGGCUUUGAGGGGGUGAUACUCUCCAUCUACGGGAUGAACCGGUCUGAGCUGGAGUGCCCAGGUGUGGUCUGUAAGUUCCAAAAGCCAGAGGAGGUCCUGCAGCUGCUGGAUGUGGAGGAUGCAAAGCUCUACGUGGACUUCAUGGUUCUGGGGGUUUUCUUUCUGGUCCUCAGACUGGCCACUUACCUGGUUCUACGCUACAAAGUCAAGUCGGAGCGUUAAGAUGUCCAGAAGCAACCACUGAUGGAUUUGAUAAUGCUCACACAUAUUACGGCAGCGUGAGAGCAAAGCAGUCAUAUAGUCUUUUUUUCUCAGUCCUAUUUCAUAUACAGUCACAAGGACAAACACAAGUCUAGCACGAAAAUCAUCAGAAGGUUGUGCUGCAGCAUUACCCGAACUGUACAGUCUGAUUUAAUCACAGCAAUGGUUUGUUGUUCAAGAAAAGUCAAGACUGUGGAUUGUUUUUCUGCCCCUGCCCCUUAUUGGUUGUCUGCCAGGUUUAAGUAUUUUUCAGAUCAUCAUCGUCCCCCCAAAAUUAUUCUGCAUCUGCACCAUACAGACACAGAGUACCCAACGACGUCAUGACAGCAAAUUUCGUCAGAUUGGGGAAAUUUGGACCCGGAUUUGUUUGGCCAUGAAAGCGUCGCAUGAAUCGUGGGCUUAAGCAUCCAGGUUCAUGGGGAACAAUGACUCAAGGCUUCAUGAUACAUUUCCAAAAAGGUUAUCAACCCGUCAAGACGCUUAAGUGGGCAAGUUUUCAAUGUGGAUUCGCUCUCUUUUCCAUUGAGAAAAGCAGAAACUUUCAGAGCCUGAAAGUCUUCGUGAAGAUUCUUGCUCCUCUGGCGGGUCAUACUAUCACAUAUCCUUUUCAAGAUCCUGUUGGGCUCCUCCUUACAGGAUCAGACCGCCGAAGGUACUUUCCACACUUUCCAUCUAUGAUGUGGAUAUUUUUCAGGCCAUCUAAACAUGAUAAAGUGUUUGUAAAAGGGUUGAAUCAAGCAGAGUGUCUUGUACAAGGACUGGUAUGAGUUCACCCUGUGAGCAGCCCGUGUCUCCAUAAUCGCUCCUGAAUUAAUGACUUUGUUUCUACCAAAACUUUGGGAGCAUGAAUUCGAUUUGGAGCAUAAUGUGAAAGCAAGCAUGGCUGCUGUUUUCAGCCAGCCAUAGAGGGCUGUCUUUAACAAACUGGGUCAACAUGAGAAAGAGGUGUUGUAGGUGAAGUGCAAUAGCCCAGUCUAUGGUUAGAAAAGUGUUUGAACUGCUCGUUUCCACUCUAUCUGCCUCCUCUCUGAGCUGCAAAAAGAAGUAUCCCUCUUUUUCUGUCCUUCUCUUUCUCUUUCUCUCUGCUUUGCUGAUGUCUGACAGAUAUGUGUUGUCCAAAAACAAUGCUAGAAAUACUUGAAAUGCAGGCUGGGCAGUUUUUGUGCCUCUGAUCUAGAAUGAUUUCAGUUUCCUCUGCUUCUUUGUUUGCACAGACAGGACACCUUAUUGCAAUGUACAUUCUUCACACACAAGGGUACAGAUACAGUGCAUACACAGGAACUGACAGACACACACAUACACACUAACAGACACACACACACACAUACAUAUACACACACAAACAGACACACAUUCCCCUGACAAUGUUAACAAGAGCCUCUCCUUGUCACAGGGCAAUGCAAAUAUUUUCAAAUAGACUUGCUAUGAAAUAUUUCUUACUCAGACUAUGCUACUUAGUAAUCCUUAUUAUAAUGCAUAAAAUAAUGUGAGUAUAUAAUCAAUGAUUGUACAGUGAAUAUGUCAUGCUGUAAACAAAUGUACAUUUGCACUUUUCAAUGUAUGUUUAUUCUUUUUUAUUUAUUUGUAUUUAAUUUUAUUUUUAUAUAUCUAUGUGAUGAGUGCUGCUUGAGAGUAUAACGGGAAAACAGCAACUGAAUGUUGCAUGUUCACUUUAGGAAUGAAAUUAUUGAAAAUAUUAGAUUUCAGAGUAAAGCGUCAUGAUUUUGUUUCCUCAUGCAAACAUAUGUAUCCUGCCACGCUUGAGGAGAUGUGAAUCCUUUGCUUUCUGCUGAACAUUUUUAGAAUUUUUGGAAUCAGUCAUGGCAGGGGUGUAGAUAAAAGAGAAUCAGGAGUGAAAAGGCUCAGAGAGUGUGAAAUAUGCUGCAAAGAAGAAAGGAAGGAUAGACCGUUCACCAAAUGUGUGAAAGUGUAGCUAAAGAUAGGCAGCGUCUUUAAGAAGAGCUUGAAUCAGAGAGAAGCAGAUUGUCUAUUUCUGAUCUGCUUCAGGUGGAGUCGGACAUGAGGAAAAGCUGCAGCUGUAGAUGUUUGGAGUCUUUCAUUAAUAGCAAUAGCUCACAUUGUGAUGUUUAAUUGUUAUACCUCCCACUGCUGUGGCAUUGGUCACUUUAUACUAUAUGUGUUAUAUUUACAACUUGAUUUGAGUCCUUUUGUUUGUCACAGGUUUAGUAUGUGCAAUAACCAUCCAAAGGUACUUUAACUCUACGAGACUCAUAUCAUGAAGAAAAUGUGACUUGUUACAUGUUUCUUUUAUCAUCGUCUCUUUGUAAUUGAUUUUUUUUUCUCUUUUUUUCCUGUUCCAUAAAACGGACAAACUCAGUGGACAAGUCUACCAGAUUAGUCCUUACUUUAGGAUGUAACUGGGGAUACUGGAGGGUUUUAAAAGUAAAGAUGUGCUGUGGAUGGGGGCAGGGGAAGUUAAAGCCACUGAGGAGGUCUACGGGACUGUGUAGCAAGAAAAACGAUCCCUGCAUAGAGUCAGUAUUGCUGCCAAUGCAGCACAAUCUAUGACUUUUAACUCUCCCCAAUUUAGAUCAUAAGCCAUGAGCUGGUAGUUUGGCUAUUUUAGUCAAAUAAUACACAUAGCUGUGAUUGCAGGUAAGAAACAGCUCAAACCCCAGAACAAAGCAAGGAUAAUUAACAGUACUUGAGUUAUUAUUGAGUCUGGUAUAGUCUUUGCCUGAGGUGUAGAAAUAUUGGUACCAAAGAAGAAACAAAUCCUCUUUUAUCUGCUGCAAAUUUUGAAAAACAGUGGGUGAAUUUCUCAGUGAAGUCAUGUUGUAAACUGACUGAUGAAGGUGCUCUGAAAGACCUUGUUCUGAUUUCUAAAUUUUCAAUCUCCCUAAAAUUAUCAUGAUUCUUUAGUUUGAUUUGAUUAGCUACUGAUUUGAUUUGGCUAUCAUAAUAAUAAUUGAACUGUGAUCAUGUGAGGAAAAGCAUGUGUUAGAUGUACGAAAAGGCUCUGGAAGUGGUCAUACUGAAAGAAGCUCAUGAAGGUGUUGAACUGAAAUGAAGUUUUUGUUUUUCACUCCCUUUGACACUUUUCUUGUCUGAUUACAAUUUCACCUGUUUGUCAUCAUCAGCCACCUGACUUGCAUGUUUAACAACACUAUUCAGGCAAUCCCGACAGAAAGGUAUUAUUUUCUGAUUGAAUCAUAGAAAUGAAAAAGAAGGCUGUCUGACACAGAUUAUUAUUUUCAUUCGUGUCUGACAUCAUUUGUUUAUCAUUUACAGUGUAACCAUUGGUUCCUCAACUCAAAAAAUGCAAGUUCUGUAUACUGAACGCUGUUCCAAGGAUUAUAAUAAAGAUCAUUUAUAACCUUUG